GUUAGCUGGUUUCCAAAUCCCUUUGUGUUGGCAGGUUGUGUUAGGGAGUAGUACCAGUUCAAAUUUCAAGAUGGCGUUUGACGAGGCUCGUGCGACAGUGACUUCCAUGCUGAAGGGAAUUGAUAGAUACAACCCUGAAAAUCUUGGAAAGUUGGAAAGAUACGUCGAGAUUCAGGCAACAGAGAACAGAUACGAUCUUGAAGCCAACUUAGCUGUUUUGAAAUUGUACCAGUUGAAUCCAGGCACAUUCAAGGUCAGCACAGCGGCCACAGUCCUCCUAAAGGCACUGACGAACCUUCCCCACACAGACUUCAUCCUCUGCAAAUGUCUCAUAGAUGAGAUCCAUCAACAAGAACCUCCUCUGGUUACCAUCAUGUAUCUUGCAAACCUUUUGGAAACCUGUGAAUUUAAGAGCUUCUGGAGCGAGUGUGAUGGAGCAACGAGUACACUGUUUGCAGGAAUAACAGGAUUUAAAGAUUCCAUUAGAAAAUAUAUUUGUCACAUUUUACGAAUCACAUACCAAACAAUUGAUAGGCAGCAGUUGGGAGAUUUACUAGGUUACCUGAGCGACCAGGAGCUGAACCAAUGGAUGAACAAGUAUGGCUGGAAGCCGUUAGACGGAAACCGAGUCUUUAUUAGCCAACAAGAAGAGAGUAUUAAAACUAAGAAUAUCACAGAGAAGAUUAGCUUUGAAAGUGUUGCUUCAGUAAUGAAAUUGUCCCAGUGAAACCAGCCGAGAACAGGAUGGAGAUGAGAACUACCCAUCAUCUGCAGGCAACCUCAUGGAUUUUAGCCAUUUACAUAUUACAGUUGGAACUGAACCCAAACAACUACAUCGCUAACUCCAAGUGGAAAGAUUAGUACCUGUUUAUUAUUGUACAUCCUGGAGCAGUAAUGGAACUUCUGUGAUAUUCAGAUCUUGUCUGAAUUUCAUUGAACUUGUGGUUUUUACAACUCCACUAUUUUGAUGUCCUUGCAUCCAUUUUAUUAAUAUUCCAACCACCCUCUGUCUCUCCCAACAGAAGUUGGCUGAAGUAGUUAGCCUCAACAGAUUUUCUGAGGUAGUUAGCCUUAUCAUUUUUGUUUUAUCCCCACUUUCAGCAUUUUCACUUUUCCCUAUCCUCUUAUUAUGUUCUGUAUGCAUGUUGUAGUUGAUGUCAACUUAAAGUGACCCUACAUGGCCAGCCUGUACAUGGCCUUUUACAUGUUAAUACUGCAACAUAACUUUUACAUGUACUUCAAGUACCACCGUGUUGAGAUCACCAAUAUACAUGUACCUUUGUCCUGGUGUGGUCAUCUUGAUUUUCCCCUAUUCAAAUCAAUGUAACCAAACCGAGG